GGACAGCCCAGGAAGUGAGCGUUUCACUGCCAGUCAAUGUGAGGAUUUGGAAAUCACAGGAUCUGCUGCUACUGAACUCGAUACAAAGAUGUUUUUUCAAAUCUUUCUACGUUUCGUCAGCAAUCUUUCUACCAUUGUAACUGGUUUCCUUUCUGUGGUAGUACACUGGAUUCCAGUGUUGAAGAAGUACAUGGAAAAUACUCAUCAGAAAAAAGUGAUUUUCAGUAAGCGGAAGAGCCUUCCGUGUAUUGCACCACUUUUAACCACAGUGGAGGAGACUCCGCAGAUCAUCUCUGCUCGAGUCCGGGGACAUUUUCCUAAGUGGCUCAAUGGCUAUCUGCUUCGAAUUGGACCUGGGAAGUUCGAGUAUGGGAAGGAUAAGUACAAUCACUGGUUUGAUGGAAUGGCUUUACUUCACCAGUUCAAGGUGGAGAAGGGCACAGUGACAUACAGGAGCAAGUUUCUACAGAGUGAUACAUAUAAGGCCAACAGUGUUCAUGAUCGAAUUGUGAUCUCAGAAUUUGGCACAUUGGCUCUCCCCGAUCCAUGCAAGAAUAUUUUUGAACGUUUCCUGUCAAAAUUUGAACCGCCUGCAAUUACUGACAACACCAAUGUCAACUAUGUGCAGUACAAGGGUGAUUACUACAUUAGUACGGAAACCAACUUCAUGAACAAAGUGGACAUUGAAACCCUGGAAAAAACAGAAAAGGUAGACUGGAGCAAAUUUAUUGCUGUGAAUGGAGCAACUGCACAUCCUCAUUAUGACAAAGAUGGAACAGCAUACAACAUGGGGAACUCCUAUGGGCAACAUGGUUCUUGCUAUAAUGUUAUUCGGGUUCCUCCAGAGAAAGUAGACCUUGGGGAGACAAUCCAUGGAGCCCAGGUGAUAUGUUCUAUUGCUUCUGCAGAGAGGAUGAAACCUUCUUACUACCACAGCUUUGGAAUGACAAGGAACUACAUUGUCUUCAUUGAACAGCCUCUAAAGAUGAAUCUGUGGAAAAUCAUCACUUCUAAAAUUCGGGGAAAGGCCUUUUCAGAUGGAAUAAGCUGGGAACCCCAGUAUAAUACAUGGUUUCAUGUGGUGGAUAAGCACACUGGUCAGCUUCUUCCAGGGAUGUACUACAGUAAACCUUUUGUUACUUUUCACCAAAUCAAUGCCUUUGAGGACCAGGGCUGUGUCGUAAUUGAUUUGUGCUGUCAGGAUGAUGGAAGAAGCCUAGAAGUUUACCAACUACAGAAUCUUAGGAAAACUGGGAAAGAGCUUGAUCAGGUCUAUAAUUCAGUAGCCAGAUCUUUCCCUCGAAGGUUUGUUUUGCCCUUACAUGUCGGUUUGAAUGCCCCUGAGGGAAAGAACCUCAGCCCCUUGACCUAUUCUUCAGCCAGUGCUGUGAAACAGGCUGAUGGAAAGAUUUUGUGCUCUUAUGAAAAUCUAUAUCCUGAGGACCUAGAAGAGGAAGGAGGUGUUGAAUUUCCCCAGAUCAACUAUGGCCAAUUCAGUGGCAAAAAGUAUCAAUUCUUCUAUGGCUGUGGCUUUCGGCAUUUGGUGGGCGAUUCUCUGAUCAAGGUUGACGUGGUGAACAAGACACUGACGGUUUGGAGAGAAGAUGGCUUUUAUCCCUCAGAACCUGUUUUUGUUCCAGUACCAGGAGCCAAUGAAGAAGAUGGUGGGGUUAUUCUUUCUGUGGUGAUCACUCCCAACCAGAAUGAAAGAAAUUUUCUCCUAGUCUUGGAUGCCAAGAACUUUGAAGAACUGGGCCGAGCAGAGGUGCCUGUGCAAAUGCCUUACGGGUUCCAUGGCACCUUCGUGACCAUCUGAUGGAACAUCCACAAGGUCUGGGAGCUAGGUUUUAAAUGAAUGUGCUCUGUACAAAAGAGAGAGCAAAGGUGCACCUUACCUUCCAAACCAUAGACACCUGGUUUUAAAAUUUCUAUUAAAAAUGGAAUUCAUGAGAUAA